UCCGGUCCUGUCUCCAGCGGGAGCGCGAGACGCUGGUCAGGCUCCGCGGCGCAGCUCGAAAAUGAAUAAUCGCCCCCAAUUGACUUAAAUUCCUCCGAAGCCGGCGCCGCGGCCGCCCGCCGCCGGGGAAUCUGCUCGCCGUGGCUUCUGCUUUCUCCAUCCUUCUUGUGAAAAGACAGCAAAACAAACCCAGCCAGCCAGCCAGGAAUCCGGUUUGUUGAUCGCCUUGGUGGUUUUCUUCUUUUUUCACCGUUUGCGGGAUUUGCAAACCGAGUUACAUGCAUGUCCAGUGGGGGUAGGUUUAAUUUUGACGAUGGAGGGUCCUACUGUGGAGGCUGGGAGGACGGCAAGGCGCACGGCCAUGGCGUCUGCACCGGCCCCAAGGGCCAAGGCGAAUACACCGGCUCAUGGAGCCACGGCUUCGAGGUGCUGGGUGUCUACACCUGGCCCAGCGGCAACACGUACCAGGGCACCUGGGCACAGGGCAAGCGCCACGGCAUCGGCUUGGAGAGCAAGGGGAAGUGGGUGUACAAGGGCGAGUGGACGCACGGAUUUAAGGGGCGCUACGGGGUGCGGGAGUGCACGGGCAACGGGGCCAAGUACGAAGGCACCUGGAGCAAUGGUCUGCAGGACGGCUACGGGACUGAGACCUACUCGGAUGGAGGGACCUACCAGGGCCAGUGGGUCGGUGGCAUGCGCCAGGGCUACGGUGUGCGGCAGAGUGUCCCCUAUGGCAUGGCGGCGGUCAUCCGCUCACCCCUGAGGACAUCCAUCAACUCUCUGCGCAGUGAGCACACCAACGGGGCAGCAUUGCACCCCGAUGCUGCCCCCACUGUGGCUGGCAGCCCGGCUGUGUCCCGGGGCGGCUUCGUGCUGGUAGCCCACAGUGACUCCGAAAUCCUCAAGAGCAAGAAGAAGGGGUUGUUUCGGCGCUCGCUGCUGAGUGGCCUGAAGCUGCGCAAGUCCGAGUCCAAAAGCAGCCUGGCCAGCCAGCGCAGCAAGCAGAGCUCGUUCCGCAGCGAGGCGGGCAUGAGCACCGUCAGCUCCACGGCCAGCGACAUCCACUCCACCAUCAGUCUGGGCGAGGGAGAGGCAGAGCUGUCCGUCAUUGAGGACGACAUCGACGCCACCACCACGGAGACCUACGUGGGCGAGUGGAAGAACGACAAACGCUCAGGCUUCGGGGUCAGCCAGCGCUCUGACGGCCUCAAGUAUGAGGGCGAGUGGGCCGGCAACCGGCGGCAUGGCUACGGCUGCAUGACCUUCCCUGAUGGCACCAAGGAGGAGGGCAAAUACAAGCAGAAUGUCCUCGUUAGCGGCAAACGCAAGAACCUCAUCCCAUUGCGGGCCAGCAAGAUCCGAGAGAAGGUGGACCGGGCCAUGGAGGCGGCGGAGAGGGCCGCCACCAUCGCCAAACAGAAGGCAGAGAUUGCGGCCUCCAGGACGUCCCACUCCCGGGCCAAGGCCGAGGCGGCACUCACAGCAGCUCAGAAAGCCCAGGAGGAAGCACGCAUCGCCAGGAUCACUGCCAAAGAGUUCUCCCCUUCCUUCCAGCACAGGGAAAAUGGACUUGAGUACCAGCGGCCGAAGCACCAGCUCUCUAGUGACGACAUGGAGGUGCUCUCCACUGGGACACCCCUGCCGCAGGAGAGCCCUGAGCUGUACCGCAAGGGCACCACCCCCUCGGACCUGACCCCAGACGACAGUCCCCAGCAGAGCUUCCCCACCAGCCCCUCGGCCAGCCCACCCGCCGCCCCAGUCCUGCGGAAUAAGGUGGCCCACUUCUCCCGGCAGGUGUCGGUGGAUGAAGAGCGGGGUGGGGACAUCCAGAUGCUCCUAGAGAGCCGGGCUGGCGACCACACCCGCAACAGCUGGGGGGAGGACAAGGUCUGCAGCUCCAGGAGCGUGCGUGGUGGUGCCCUGCGCAGUGGCCAGCCCCCAGAUGACUUCCGCGCCCGGGGCUUGGGCCACAAGCAACCCGGCAACCCCAAGCCCCGGGAGCGGCGGACGGAGUCACCCCCCUCGUUCUCCUGGACUUCUCACCACCGGGGUGGCAACCCCAGCUGCGGGGGUGCCAAGCUGCUGGAGCUAGAUGAGGAGAAACUGAGCAACUACGAGAUGGAGAUGAAACCCCUUCUGCGGGUGGAUGCCUAUGGACCAGAGGGGCACCCCCAGAAAAGACGCUACAGCAAGGGAGGUGCCUGCCGAGGUGCUGGGGAUGACCAUCGCUCUGACGACCGGGGCUUUGGAGCACAGAGACUACGGUCCAAGGUCCAGAACAAGGAGAAUGUCCGGCCGGCCUCUGCAGCAGAGCCUGCGGUGCAGAGACUGGAGAGCCUGCGGUUGGGAGAGCGGUCUGAGCCCCGACUGCUGCGCUGGGACCUCACCUUCUCCCCACCCCAGAGGUCCUCACCUGUGGCACUGGAGUCAGAUGAAGAGAACGGGGACGAGCUCAAGUCCAGCACAGGCUCAGCUCCCAUCCUCGUAGCCAUGGUGAUCUUGCUAAACAUCGGAGUCGCCAUCUUGUUUAUUAAUUUUUUCAUCUGAUGAGGUGGUUGCGCUAGCAAAACUAAGUUGGUGUACAAAAGGGGGAUGCGAACAGCAGAACCACGCAAAGGGAAGGAUCAUAGUUCAGCCCAACGACUUCCAGUCUUUUCACAGGACAACAUGAUUGGGUAUUAUCACAGUUUGCCUUUUUUUCUGGGUAAUGUUUUUUGGAUUUUAGCCAAAAUUCCUUGCUUGUAUAACACUAUGCUGUGUGGCAUGGCAGAAGGAGGCCAGCACGCCGACCCUCCAGCUUGAUGUGGAAAGAAAAAGGAUCCCAGCAAACCUAUGGUGAAGGACAGUUGUGUCGCACUCCAGGUGGGGUGUAGGGUAGGGUAGCCCGAGUAAGAGCCUCCCAGUGUCAGCUACACCAGGAGACACAAGGCACAAGGAAGGGCAAGUGCUCUCUCUGUGGUGGGAGAGCUGGGGUGUGCGUGGGGCAUUGGAGAUCAGGCACCCCACAGGGGCCUGGUUUGUUUGAAGCUACUGUGCUCAGAAGGAAGCAGGGCUACCCUCUUAACUCCUCCUCCAACACCAUGUCUUCGGUACUGCCCUGAACCCUAGUUGAACCUUUUCUGUCGUCUCCUUCCCCACCCCAUUCCCAACCACCAGACCCCAGGAAGCCUGAUGGGGGGGGGGGGGAGGUUUAAGCGAAGACAGUGAUGUCACACCUAUAAGACCUGCACAUUGGUGACAGUGGCUUCCCUCCCUGUCACUACCUGCCUUCCCCAUUUUCACAUUCAUCUGGUGCCUGCCCUGACUUCCCUGACAGGUUGGCAUAUUCCGUCCUGAUGUCUCUUUCCUGCUCUGGUCCCCAGGGCAGGAGUGGGGUGGAAAUUUCUGAAGCUGUCACAUAGUCUCCCCACCCACACAUGUACACAGUAAUUGGUUCAAGAACAGGUUCCUGGUGCCUCUGCCUUCACCCAAACAAAAGGAAAAAGGUUCCGGAAUAUCUGAGUGCCCAUCUGGCACUAUGCCAGCCCCAGCCAGCACGAUGGAUAUGUCCACGGGCAUGGCCACCUGCAGGUCACCCUGUGCCCCUGCCUGGGAAGGUUCUUAGUGUGAUUUCCCAUGUCUGGGGAACAGCCCAUUCUGUGGACUCUGCCUUGCUUUGCUUAUGUUUAGCUGUUUCUCUGCUAACUUUCAAGCAGAUUUCUUUACUACACUGCACUGGAUUGCUAUAUUUUUAACCAGAAAUAAACUAAAGAUUAGAGCAUG